CUACUAUGAAGUACAAAUAGCUGGUGAGAACUGGAUAAAAGAUACAGGUUCUGGUGAUCAACAGCAACAGCAGCGGACGAGAGGGAACACGACAUGGCAGCCGGCGCGCUUCCGAUGGCCAUGUUUCUCGCGCUGCUCUGCGUGGGUGUCGUGCGCGGGGUGGAGGUGGACACGCUCACCGCGGGCCGGUCGCUCACUGUCGGCCACACGCUCGUCUCUUCCGGCCGCAAGUUCGCCCUGGGGUUCUUCCAGCCAGAGGGAGGAGCCACCGGAAGCUGGUACAUCGGAAUCUGGUAUCUCAACAUGGUGGCUCAGACGCCGGUUUGGGUGGCCAACCGCGACACGCCGAUCUCCGACCCAGCCUCAUCACGCCUCGCCAUCGCGCCCGACGGCAACCUCGCUCUGUUUGACGACUCCGGCUCGAUCGCCUGGUCCACGAAAGCAAACACGAGCGGCAUAGCCAGCGCUACAGACACGGUCGCCGUCCUCCACGAUUCCGGCAACCUUGUGCUAUCGCCGGCGUCCAAUGCCUCCGCGGUGCUAUGGCAGAGCUUCGACCACCUUGGCGACACGUGGCUCCCCGGCGGGAAGCUAAGGCGCGACAAGCGCACCAGCGAAAUACAGGGGAUGGUCUCGUGGAGGGCGCGCGGCGACCCCGCGCCGGGGAUGUAUGCCCUCCAGCUCGACCCGUCCGGGGCGCCGCAGUACGUGAUGCAGGCCAACGGCACCCGGGAGUACUGGCUUAGCGGCAACUGGACGGGCAAGUCCUUCACCGGUGCGCCGGAGGUCACCGCGUCAGGCCUUGUUCAGUUCGUCGACAACGACGACGAGAUCUACUUCACCUACAGCUUCGCCGCCAACACGACGACGGUGUACCGAUUCGUCAUGGACGUCUCCGGGCAGCUGAAGGGGCUGUUCUGGGUGGAGGCCACGCAGGCGUGGAACCUCGUGUAUGCGGCGCCCAAGGCACGGUGCACCGUGCCGCGCGGCUGCGGCGCGUUCGGCGUGUGCACCGAGGGCGCGGCCACGACAUGCGACUGUGCCCGGGGCUUCCGCCCGCGCAGUCCACCCAACUGGGCCUCCGGCGACUACACCAACGGGUGCAUGCGUAACACCCAGCUGCAGUGCGCCAAGAACAGCACCGCUGCCGGCUCGAACAAGGCAGAGCAAGACAAGUUCCUCCGCAUGGAUGGCACUAGGUUCCCUGACGACGGUAAAGUAGCGGGCGCGGCGAGCAUCGGCGACUGCCAGAGCGCUUGCCUAGGGCACUGCACGUGCUCCGCUUACGCGUACAACGGCAGCUGCUUCCUAUGGCACGGCAACCUGCAAAACUUGCAGGCCGGUGUAGCCGAUGACCGGGCCGGCGCGGGGAGACUCUACCUCCGGCUGGCCGCGUCGGAGCUCCCAGGCCCGAGAGGCCACAAAUGGCGGGACAUCAAGAUCGCUUCCGGUGCACUCGCCAUCGCCUGCUUCUUGGUCGCCGCCUCCAUUCUUCUAGUUCAUACGAUAAGAAAGAGAAGAGCAGAGAGAGUCAAUGGUCUCACUGUCGGCGAUGGCUACGUGAGCUACAAGUACAGUGACCUGCAGUACGUGACCAAGAACUUCACCGACAAGAUCGGCGCCGGCGCCUUCGGGUCGGUGUUCAAGGGCCAGUUCUCCGACAGCACCGUGGUGGCCGUCAAGAAGCUGGAGGGGUUCCGGCAAGGCGAGAAGCAGUUUCGCGCGGAGGUGAGCACUCUGGGAAGCAUCCAGCACGUCAACCUUAUCCGCAUGCUCGGGUUCUGCUCCGACGGCGGCGCCGACCGGAAGUUGCUGGUGUACGAGUACAUGCCCAACGGCUCGCUCGACCACCACCUGUUCCGCAAGACUUUCUACGUCCUGAGCUGGCAGGUGCGCUACCAGGUCGCGCUCGGCGUCGCCAAGGGGCUGGCGUAUCUCCACGAGAGGUGCCGGGACUGCAUCAUCCACUGCGACGUUAAGCCGGAGAACAUCCUCCUCGACGCCGCCUUCGCGCCCAAGGUGGGGGACUUCGGGCUCGCCAAGCUCCUCGGCCGGGAUUCCAGCCGAGUGCUCACCAGCAUGCGGGGAACCAUCGGGUACUUGGCACCGGAGUGGAUCAGCGGCGAGGCGAUCACGGCCAAGGCCGACGUGUUCAGCUACGGGAUGAUGCUCUUCGAGAUCGUUUCCGGGAGAAGGAACGUCGAAGGGGAGAGUCAGUUUGUGGUGUCGUCGACAGGCUCGACAAGCACGGAGGAGCAAGCUACGACGACGACGACGACCUUCUUCCCGUUGCUUGUCGCGCGGAGGCUGGCCGAGGAGGGGGAAGUCAUGGCGCUGCUGGAUCCCGAGCUGGAAGGGGACGCCAACGCCGAGGAGAUGAAGAGGGUGUGCAAGGUCGCCUGCUGGUGCAUCCAGCACGACGUCAACGCGCGGCCGACGAUGGCGGAGGUGGUGCAGGUGCUACAUGGCUUGACGGACGUCGAGAUGCCACCUCUACCACAGUACCUUGAAGUUCUCGCGGGACGGCAGCGAGUUGGCGCACCAUAGCGUGCGCGGAGCAGCAUGAAGUUCGAGAGCGGCGAUUCUACCGGCAACGGUAUAUGUAGGAGUCUAAUCUACCAUUGGUUAUCGGUUUGCGAUUUA